CGUACUUGGGUUCUUAGUUCGAUUGGAUACGAAUUGACUGUGAUUGGCCAGGGUAAUCGCAUCGGAUCAGGCUCGGACCGCCGAAGUCGACCGCUUUCAGGUUGCGUGCUCCCUCUCUCACCAGUCUGCUUCGCCUACUCAAGCUCCAACCCUCUACCAAACUCCUCUCCAUCGCCUGGUGGGCUGUUUCAAAUGCGUCGAGUGGCACUGCAAGCCUUCCGCUCCACGCGUCGCCCGUGCCUGCGCAAAUUCGUCCGAAACCGCACUGUCAAUUCGGUCCCUAGCAGUUAUGGCCUAGGCCAACGAUACUUGUCGCGCCAGCGUUCGUCGUCCACCGUUUUAAACUCGUCCAUGCAGAUUCGCACCUUCACGGGCGCCUUGGUCGCUGCCGCCGUUGCAUCCGGAGCAUUCUACGCCUACCGCGGCACCCAGUCUGCGGCCAUACCACUCACCGCCGAACAAGUUCGCAGCGUGAGCACCGACGCAUCUGAGCCCACAAGGAGGGCGUUGGUUGUCGAUCAAGGGUCUCUCUAUACAGGCACAAUCACGGGGAGUGCUCCGUUGUCUAAAGACACGGAUGACUACGGCAGAAAGGUGCUGGAAAUGUUGACGCCCGAACAGGCAACCGCGAAGCUUAGGAAGAAUGAAGAGUCAUGGACAGUUGGUCGGGGUCAGGGCGUUGUACGAUACGAUGUCGUUCAGAUACCCUCAAACGAACCUAUAGAAGAUGAUCACGCGGAGAAAAUCAUCGAAGUCCCUCAGAACCUCGCUGCUACGGAGAAAGGUGCAGCCACCAGCGACUGGAUGUUCUGGGGCGUCUUUGACGGGCACAGUGGUUGGGUGACAUCUGCGAAGCUCCGCCAGACACUCAUCUCGUUCGUCGCACGUGAGCUGAACACCACUUACAAGGCUGCGCUCGAGGAUCCUGCCCUGCGCUUCCCAACAUCCGACUCCAUCGACAAGGCUAUCAAGACAGGGUUCGUUCGUCUUGACAACGAAAUCGUACACGAAUCGGUCAAGAAAGUGAGGAAGGCUCAGUCCAAGGUUGCCGCUGCCGAGCUACUCGCGCCCGCUUUGUCCGGAUCAUGUGCCCUUUUGUCCUUCUACGACAGUAACUCGAAGCUUCUCAGAGUUGCCUGCACCGGCGACUCACGUGCUGUGCUAGGUCGAAGGGGUGCAAACGGAAAGUGGACUGCAACUCCACUCUCUGAAGACCAAACUGGUGGUACAGCUAGCGAGGCCGAGCGCUUGCGCAGGGAGCACCCUGGUGAGCCAAAUGUGGUCAGAAACGGCCGCAUUCUUGGUGGACUUGAGCCAUCACGUGCCUUUGGCGAUGCUUCCUACAAAUGGUCUGCUCAAACGACCGAAGAGCUCAAGAAAUCGUACUUUGCCCGAACAUCCUCUUCACUCCUCAAAACACCUCCCUACGUUACCGCCGAACCCAUCAUUACAACCACGAAAGUAGAUCCCGAGAAGGGCGACUUCGUGGUCAUGGCAACCGACGGUCUUUGGGAGAUGUUGACGAAUGAGGAAGUUGUCGGUCUCGUAGGCCAGUGGCUGGAUGCACAAGGCGGCCCACACGGUCAAAAUGCUCAGACCCAGUCUUGGCUGAAAAGCUGGUUCUCCAAUGAAAAGAAGUUGCCCGUGGAGGAGAAGACUUCAUCCGGCGAGACUGGUCAACGCGCGCCUAUUCGUCAGCAGCAGUGGGGCACGAAGACCUCUCUGAACGAGCGCUUCGUUGUAGAAGAUAAGAAUGCCGCCACCCAUCUCGUUCGUAACGCGCUCGGAGGCAAAGACCAAGAUCAGCUUUCUGCUCUUCUGACCCUUCCCAGCCCCUUUUCCAGGCGCUACAGGGACGAUUUGACAGUCGAAGUUAUCUUCUUUGGUGAGGGCGUCGCUAAUGGGUCUGUAACGCUGAACAGAGACGCCAGUGCAGAGGAACCUGGCGUCAAGCCUAAGCUGUGA